AUGCCGUCUAUUACCGUCUUCCCUUCCCGCAAGGUCUCCAAGAUCAACCGGAACAUCUACUCUGGCUUCACGGAGCACAUGGGACGCUGCAUCUACGGGGGAAUCUAUGACCCGUCAAACCCCAACAAGGACCUGAUCGACCGCAACGGAUUUCGCAGAGACGUGAUCGACGCCCUGAAACCCCUCGAAGUCCCGGUAUUUCGGUACCCAGGAGGCAACUUCUGCGCCACGUACCACUGGCAGGACGGAAUCGGGCCGAGAGACCAGCGGCCCUCCAGACCGGAACUGGCGUGGGACAAUGUCGAGACGAACCAUUUCGGCACCGACGAGUUUAUGGCGUGGUGCAAGGCCGUCGACGCCGAGCCCUACCUCUGCCUGAACUUUGGCACGGGCACGCUCGACGAGGCCAUGGCGUGGGUCGAGUACUGCAACGGCACCAAGGACACGUACUACGCGAACCUGCGACGGAAGAACGGCCACGAGGACCCCUACCGGGUCAAGUACUGGGCGCUGGGCAACGAGAUGUGGGGACCCUGGCAGGUCUGCCAGAUGACGGCCGAGGCGUACGCGGAGCGAGCGCUGCAGUGGGCCAAGGCGCUGAAACUGCUCGAUCCGACCAUCCAGCUGGUCCUGUGCGGCAAAGAGGGCGCCACGAGCUGGGACCACCACGUGGUAAAACACUGUCUGCAGCCGGCCGGCCUGAGCGACCUGGGCGAGGAGCGCCUGCCGCUGAUCGACAUGCACAGCAUCCACCUGUACACGGCGAGCGAGGCGCACUACGAGAACGUGACGGCGCCGCUGGCCGCGGAGCGCAGCAUCGAGGUCGCCGCGGCGCUGAUCGACCUGGCCGUGGUCGAGAACCAGAUCCCGCCAACCCAGCAGCGGCCGACCGUCUGCUUCGAUGAGUGGAACGUGUGGCUGCCGACGCGGGCCGUGGGGAGUCGCGGCGCCGAGGAGUCGUACACGCUGUCGGACGCGCUGGCCGUGGCCGUGUGGCUGAACGUGCUGGUGCGCAAGUCGGCCGACGUGGGCAUGGCGUGCAUCGCCCAGAGCGUCAACGUCAUCAGUCCGCUGAUGACCACGCCGACGGGCCUCGUCCGGCAGACCACCUGGUGGGCCUACGAGCUGUUCUGCCGCUUCAUGAAGGGCCACCAGAUCGCCGUGCACCUCGACUGCGCCGCCUCCUACACGGGGCCCACGAAGCCCGCGUGGGUGAGGGCCCUCAAGCCGACGCCGUGGCUCGACGUCAGUGCCACCCUCGACGAGACAGGCUGGGUCAACCUCUGCGUGGUCAACAUCCACGCCGAGCAGGAUCUAGAGACGACGCUCGGAGGAGUCGACGCCUCCCACGGCGAGGUCUAUACCGUCACAGGCCCACAUCUCGAGGUCACAAACAUGGCUGGCAAGGAGGAGGUCGGGCUGCACAAGUCGGGAUGGGACCCGAACAAGUCCUCGACGUUUGUCUUCCCGAAGAGUUCCAUCACGAUGCUCAGAUGGCAGACCUCAUAG